AUCGAGUAGUCGUUUAUGCACAAAACUGAAAGAAAUAAUAUUACAUUUGAAACUAUUAACAAUGUUCUAUUAAGAAAUAUGGAAAAUGUUCGUCUGCACAAUUUUGUUUCUAUCACUCCGUGUGCCUUUAUAGCUGGCCAACACUUUAUUUUCUGUCUUCUUCUGAUACUUUUUCCCUUUUUUUCUCUUUUCUUCUAUUUUUUCCCCUUUCCUUUUUUCAUGCGGGUUAAUAAACAGGCCGGCGCUGCAAUUUAUGAAUCUGCCCUUGUAUAUGGCGGACGAAAUUUUUCCAGAGGAGGGACCGCAACACUAACCGACUGUGCAGCGCGCGCGCACAGCUUGCACGGAGCCGUUAAACCUCGUCAAAAUUCUCAACUUAAUGCGCCAUUAUGCUUUACUAAAAUGUAACGUAGCGGGUCGCGAAUGGGGGGAAGUGGCUACAUUUUUUUUUCUUUUUUACCCCUUUUUUUCUGUAAUUUGGAAUCUCUCAUAACUAAUUCACAAUUUUUGAGGAAGCAGUUUUGUGCAGUCACCUCUGGUCGGGGAGGGAGGAUUUCAGGAGAGGGUGUCUGUUUCGCAUGAGCUGCAUCGUUUUGGAGAAGCAAAGGCACAGAGGAGGGGGAAUCAUGAGUGCACCUGAGGCACCUAAACCUGCAAAGGAACAAGCAGAUGUGGGGAGUGUAGUCACCGAAGCUCCAGCUAAGAGUUCCAGCCCACCGCCCGUUGUCGUGAAAAAGGAGCCAGGAACCUCUGAGACGAGCAACGGAAAAGUCGGGGAUCUCAAUCCGGCAGAGAUCUGCGUUGUGAUUGGAGGAAAUGACAGAGGAUCAAACGGAGGGGGACCUCGCAGAGCUCAGGCCGAGGGUAUGUUUGCCCUUGGCACUCCUCCUCCAACGAAGAGCACAGACUCAUGCAUAGGUUCAUAUGUAUGUGCAGUAUGUGGCAAGAAGUACAAGUACUACAACUGCUUUCAGACACAUGUGAGGGCACACAGAGAAUCCGAGAGCAUGGUUGGAGAUGGUCUACCUCAGACACCCAACAAUCAGUGGUCCUCUUCCCUAUGCAGAAAAGUGGCCCCAAUGCAUGAUGUUUCCGCUCCUAUGCUUCACAGUAGCUUCCGUUACUCCUGUGACAUCUGUGGAAAGAAGUACAAGUACUACAGCUGCUUCCAGGAGCAUCGUGACCUGCAUGCUGUUGAUGAUCCAUACGCACAGGUGGUGUUACCCGUAGAUGGCCUUAAAGAGGAGGAGCCAGUUGAGCCCUACCAGAAAAUUGGCCCCAAAACUGGCUGCUAUGUGUGUGAGUUUUGUGGGAAGCAGUACAAAUAUUUUAACCCUUACCAAGAACACGUUGCUCUUCACACACCAAUGAACAGCCCAUUCAGGCGGAAACUGGAGAGUGCAAUCCAGUCUAGUCUGGUUGACACAAACAGUUCACAGAACUCAAGCGAGCCCUACACAUGUGGUGCCUGUGGCAUCCAGUUCCAGUUCUACAACAACCUGCUGGAGCACAUGCAGUCGCACGCCGCUGAUAAUGAAAACCACACCAAGGGGGACUCCCCCAAAGCCUCCUCAGCCUCUGGUCCUCAGGAGCAGCUGUGGAGAGUCUCCCAACCUCAGGCCCUUCCCUCAGUUAAAAUACAAAUCCAGCCUCAAAGUAUAACCCAGAGAAACCAUGCUCUCAGCCAGAAUAAUGGCCUUCCCGAGAAGGAGCGUCAGCAGGUGGCUGAGCGUCUGCUCCGAGUCAUGUGCACAGAUCUGAGCAUGCUCAAUGUGCUCAACAGCAAGGACUUCCUGAAGCUGGCACAAACCCUUGUAGAUACAGGCGCUCGCCAUGGCGCCUACUCCACCCGUGACGCUCUGGGCAACAUGAGCGCCCUGGCUCUGCGCCAGCUGCCCCGCAUGUACAACCAAGUGAAGGUCAAGGUCACCUGCGCUCUGGGCUCCAACGCCUCCCUUGGCAUCGCGGUAACCUGCCACUCCCAGACAUCUGGGCCCGAUGCUUGCUACGUUCUCACGGCCUACCAGGUGGAGGGGUCCAAGCUGAAACGCUAUGUGCUCGGCGUGAGAGAAGCUGAGCUGAGGGAGGGGCCCGAGCAGGUCCACCACUGGGUGCAGAACGUGCUGUCUGAGUUCGUCAUGUCAGACAUACGCACGGUGUACGUCUCCGAGCCGCGGCUGUGGGCGGCAGGAUUCGCUGGAUCGCCCCUGGGAGGCGGCGGACGGGGGAGGAUAUGCCUGCGGUGUGCAGGGUGCUCGCUCGGCGCCGUGGUUCAGGCCGUUCUCGGAAAGCGCAGCCUCCAGGCGCGAGGCCUUCACGAGUUAGCCGAGCUGCUCUCAACGUGCCGAGAUAUCGCCUCGUCCACCACGCUGUCGCUUCGCGAGGAGCCGUUUUUGAACACGUCCACAAGCACAACCGAGGACGGCGCACAAGGCACCGCCGCACAAUGCCCCACCCCUCCCUGCUGGGAUCGCAUGGCCGAAGCUCUGCUGCAGGUCCACUCGCACUUCGAGCACAUCUGUGAGGCUUACGGCCGCAGCAAGGCCACGGCUCCUCUGCUGCAGGGCCUCAACAAGCAUCUGCUGAGCACUCUGGCUUGCCUCCUGGCACCUCUGCGGCUGGCGGCUCUGGAGCUGAGCAGCCAGAGGAGGCCCACCUUACAGCUGGUGCUGCCCGUCUACCUGCGCUUGGAGAAGUUUUUUACGUCUAAAGCCGGAGAGGCCGGAACCGGAACGGCCAGCAAGCUCUGCCAUUAUUUCCUUGAAGCGCUCAAGGAAAACUUCAAGGUAGAACGAGCUCACCAGGUGGCCAUGGUCCUGGACCCUCAGCUCAAGCUGCGUUCCGUUCCGGCCUAUCAGCACGAAGACAUCAUUUCACGCGCGUGUGACAUGGCUGCUGAAAGCAGGGAUGGAGGUAUGAGCGGAGCUGGAGGUUCAGCUGGCGAGGAGAGGGACACCGACGGCCCACCUGUCUCUAAAAUCAGCCGCAUAGAGGGGAACGGAAAGGACAGCGGCGUCCCGAGGGGCCCGGUUCCCGGUACCGAUGAGGGCAAAGGCCAAAUCAGACAAGAGAUUUUUAAGUACCUGGCUGAGCCUCUUGUCCAAGGUACCCCCGAUUUGUUUCAGUUCUGGAGCUCGACCGUGAGCGAGAAGUUCCCCAGGCUGGCACGCCUGGCGCUGUGGCUCCUCGCCGUCCCCGCCAUGGGCAUUCGAAGCGAGUGCGUGACUGUGUGCGAGCAGAGCCUGGCCAUGAAGAGGAGGCAGCAGGUCACUGCCGAGGAAAUGAACAAGCUUAUAUUCCUGCGCUCUAACAUGGGUUAGAAGAACAUCCCGGAGAAACCAAACUUUCACCCAAUUACUGAAGACUCUUUACUCAUAAACUGUAGUUUUAGACGAACUGUAAACAUAUGCGUGUAGAAAACCUGAUUACUUCUCAAGACAGACGUUUCCAGAAAACCUCACAUUGUAAAGGUCUGACCACCUUUCAAACAUUAUCGCUUAUUUUCUAUAGAGAUUGGACUUUUGUAAAGCACCUUGAACAGGUAGCAGGGGCGGAACGGUAACUGUCACAAGUGCAGGUAAUCCUGUCUGGUACGCCGUCUUUUGUUUGGGACUUUCACACGGAAACGGAACGAGUUUGACCUCAUCACAGUCAGUGAACUGAAACACUUAUCAGUCUACCAGUGAAACUGCUCGAAGGCUACAAUGCUGUUAUUCUGUUGUUGACAACAUUUUCAGGUAAAGUCAGCGUUCACUGUUUGAAUCUGCUGCCACACACACAAACGCUUCAUCCGAGACGGACUGAGAGUUUGACACUGUGUGUGACAAAAGACUCAAGCUGUGGAUUUUCACUGCCAUUGCACCUCUUUACAAGUAACUGCACUAGGUUUCUGAGUUACACAAAUCGCUAAACAGAAAAAAAUGUUCGACAUGAUCAGCCUCGAGCGACUAAAGCUCAUUUCAGAUGAUUUGAUGGUUAUUUCAGAGGCCUCAAAGAUGUAGCUUUGGAUCAAUUGCAUGCACUGCAUGCAAGUCUUGCACAAAAAAGUUAAAAAAAUAUGAAGUUCAAUACUUUUUAGCUUUCACUUUUUUGUUUAUUCACAAAUAUUUUUGCUACACGUGCAAAGAGGAAAUCAAUACGUGAUUAUUCAUCCAUCUAACUGUACGGAUCACUGGUAGAUGAUUUUACAUAAAAACAAAACAUUGUGAGUAUAAACUAACGUGGAUGCUAAAGAGGUUCAAUGAGGCUAUUCUGAAAAGUUCUUUAUUUUUGUUAAACAAUUAUCUGUAGUUAUCAUUCCCCUCCAUUUGUGCCGUUUGAUUAAGAUAAAUAAUAUUUAACCCCAAACAGUUCAAUUUUUGCAAAAUUGUGAAUAUUAUUUUGCUUAAUUUUGCAAUUUUUUUUAUUGCAAGCAUUCAUUUUCGAACAUUUUUUCUUAUUUAAAGUGAUCAUUAAAAGGAGAAAAAACACCCAAAAGCAAGUAUUGCAGAAAUAGUAACUAAUGUUUCCUAAUUCCAGUUGCAGCAUCGUCUUCCUCACGCGCGCGACACAUUUCCAUUUUUAAGGCAAUAAGCUUUAAAUGAAUCCCUACUUUCACCUGACUGUUUCUCACCAUACUCCUGCAGUUCAAUUACCCACCGGAAUAUUUAUAUUUUACGUCUGGAAAAAGUUAAAAAAGAAAAAAAAAAAAAACUGACGGGAUAUUCUCAGGAAUGAGCACAUUCAAGCAGGCACCGCCACUUUUAACUCACUGUACCCAAACGAAACCAAACGGACCUCAGCGCCGAGGUGUAAACCCCAACUAUGGCUUUUAGGAAACCUUCCACCCCACAAUGCAGUUCUGCAACAGACGAGGGGACACAUUAGUCAAGCACAGGCGUACUCCUCAAAUCAGGUUCGUGCGCAGAUUUUGAACUGGUUAGAUCUGUUGCCUUUGGUUCUAGCUGGUGACGUGCUUGGUCUGUUUUUCGAGCCUUAAGUCUUUGUUUUCUCGCGCUCCACUCUGCAGUUGAAGCCGACGCCAUGCCUUUUUGCUUUGUUUCGUAGCUCAAAGCCUUCUGUUGGCAGUUCCACGUGAACUUCCAGAGACUGAAGACGGUGUCCUCUCAUACACGCCAUCGUGUAGUGCUUUUGCCGCGUCGUGGCCAGUACUGACUCCCCAACCCCAAAUGUUCGCUCCAUAAACACUGUCAUGUUAUUUUUUUUUUGAGUCUGCUGAGAGCAUUUUGCUGCAAAAUUGCUUCUUAAUCCGAAAGGCUGCAGCGUGAUACCGUUUUAUUUAUUUAUUUUGCUGUCAACCACACACACAAACACCUCUUAAUCUGACAUUGAAGUGAAUUUUCAUAUAAAAACAUCAGUUUGGUUUUGACAGGGCCAAAAAUAUUACUUUUUUGCUCAUCUUUAGGCUCUGGUGCGACCUGAUGUCAUUUCAGAAGAAGCAUGUUCGUUUUUAUUUAAAGGUACAUUUUCAGAGUGACACUUAAGCUAUUUUAUUUAGAAAACCUCAUAGUGUUGAAUACAUCUUCUUGACUGAAUUGCUGUUUAAAAACUAACUUUUAAUCAUAUUUUUAGAAAAAAAAGGGAAAGGGAAUAAUUAACUGUAAACAAAAGGAAGUUGACAAAAACUUCUUUGCUUAAAUCACCUACGUUAUUUCUUCAAGAAAACCACUAAAACAAUGAAAAUAUAAAUCAAAAGUGUCUAUUGGUCUCAAAUAAUACCUCUAACCGUUCAACACAUUUAAAAAAAAAUCAUUUUUCCUCUUAACAGCAUCAUCUGUUUUUCGUUUUGGUGAAACGACUGAACUAAAAUGACUGUAAACUGUAACGAAAUCGUCCGAUGUUUUACCUCAAUACCCACAAGGCAGUGUUGUAAUAGAAAGACGGAGGGAAUCAGUUGGUCUAGUCUAAAUACUGUAUACUACUAUUAGCAAAGGACCCUCAGCUGAAGCGAUGAAGGGAUUUCUCUCACUGUUUUUAACUUAAGUAUUUUCAAUAGGAUACGCUCUGGGACAAAACGCCAUCGUUGACAUGAUAAUGUCAAUUUACUUACAAACAGCAUUCUUUUCUCUUUUUUUUUUUGUUAAAAUGAAAACUAUAUAUCUAAGAUAUGCAUGCUUUUAAUAAAAGUUCUGAUAUAUAACGUCAUAAGCCAGUGUUUCUCAUCAACAUGGAAAUGUAUCAUAUUGGCUUCGAGGUGAUGCUACUUCACAACACUAAUUUAGCAGUCAGGUAACUGAACUUUGACCCUGCGAGGUGAGAGUAGCUGCCAGGCCGGUCGUCGGCGGGUUGACGUCAUCCGUUUCCAGAGGAUCUAUCAUGUAAAUAGAGGAGUACUGCUGUUUUUAUGCCACAAGGGGGCAACCUUCAUUUCAGAGUUCAAAAGUAGGGAGCACCAAUAACAUUUUACCUCUUUUUUCUACAGUAGCAUUUCAAAGGGUUUUGAUAUAAUAGAAAACGUCAACUUAGAUACUGUUACUAGAAAACUGAAUUCAGCUGUAAGUUGUAUUUUUUUCUUUCAGGAUUUUAACUUAUUCAGACAAAAGCUCAGUUGUAAAGUGUUGUAAACGAAAGCUAACAUGGGGAUCUUUUCUGUUCUACUAGUACUAUUAAUUCAGGUUAACCAACUUGGUGUUGCUUUCAUCCUAUUUUACUGGCAUUUCUUCCUUUUUAUACUCUGCUGAAAUGAAAAGACUCUGUAGGAUUUGUUGUUUUAUUAUUAUUUUUGUCUUUUUACCGCACUUUGGCAGCAGAUUCCUGUGUAGAUCCAGAUCUGAGUUGACUUAUUAGUAAACCUAAUUUAUACUUUUGUAGCAACACUAUUUUUAUAUAAUGGCAAAGAAAAGGAUCAGUGUCUUUUUUUUUUUUUUUUUGUUCUCUUUAUUUUUCUGUGUCAGAUAUGACAACGCUGUUCAAUGUUUCUUGAAUACAUUACCCACUGUAGUAUGUUAUGUGUGAAUAAACUCCAAAUUUGUGUCAA